AUGUUGGUUGAGGAGGUUGAUGAUUGGUGGCUGGGCACCCAUUUGAGAUUGGACACAACAUGUGAAGUUGUUACUUGGGCUGUGUUUAGCAGGGAAUUUAUAAGGAAAUACUUUUCGGAAGAUGUUCAUGGAAAGAAGGAGAUCGAUGCUGACACUGCUAAAUUCUCAAAGUGCAUCAAGUUUGAGAAUGAGAUGCGUCUAGAGAUUAAGCUAGCCAUAGGGAUCUAUGAAGAGGAUAAUAGGGCUCAUUCGGCUCACUACAAGAGUUUGAGUGAGAAAAGAAGUAAACAACAUAUGAUUCGUGGGAAGCCCUACAAUGCUUCUGUUGAUAAUGGAAAGCAGAAGGCGGUUGAGAGCAAGACGCCAAGUGGGGGAGGUGUUCCUUUGAAUCCUAUCAAGUGUCUUAGGUGUGGUGGCAUGGGUCACCAUGCUAAUGAAUGGUCUCAGCCUACUAGUGCAAAUCGUUUGAUCCAAGGUACUUUCUAUGUUCACAAUAUUCCUUUGAUUGCUAUUAUUGACACGUGUGCGAUCCAGUCAUUUAUUUCCGCUGAAUGUGUGAAGAGGUUAGGACUUGUGUCGUCUACUUUGCAUAGAGGGAUGGUGAUUGAUACUCCUUCUAUGGGAUCAGUGACCACUUCUUUAGUGUGCUUGAAUUAUUCUUUAUCAAUUCUUGGUGAAGAUUUCAUUGUGGAUUUGAUUUGUCUACCACUCAAUGAGCUGGAUAUUAUUUUGGGGAUGAACUGGCUAGAGUUCAACCGUGUGUAUAUCAACUGUUAUGACAAGACGUUCUUUUUUAUUACUCCAGAAGAGGAAGGAUUAGAUGAUUAUUUAACCACCAAAUAA